CAUUACGCAGAACCAGAAUGAACCCGUUAGCAUCUUGUGCACUACUGGUAGGCCUGCUUACUUGCGUACCAACAACCGUUUCUACGACAACCACAACAACUGAAAAAGAAACUGUGCCGAACUCAUGCUAUAUGUGCUGCGGCACACCUGGACAACCUGGACAACCUGGACAACCUGGACAACCUGGCAUCCCUGGAACGGCUGGAGCAUUUGGUCCAGCUGGAAUACCUGGUAGUAAAGGUGAUAGAGGCGAGUUUACAAGAGGUGAAACAGGUGCUAGAGGCCAAAAGGGACAACCCGGAGAUGACGGUUUUAAAGGCAAUAAAGGUAGCGAAGGAUCUCCAGGUAAGCAAGGUCCACUAGGACGAAUAGGACCACAAGGGGUUAAAGGGAACAACGGAUCGAAGGGUGAGCCAGGAUUGGAGUUACCGCAGACCCGUAAAUCUGCGUUUACUGCGGUACGCACAACUCACUUUACAACUGCAAGUUCGAUCAUCACAUUUACAACAAUGGAGAUUAAUAUCGGAGAGGACUUUGACAAAAAUAACGGAAAAUUCACAUGUAGGGUUUCCGGUGUAUAUCACUUUAUGUUUAGCUUGUUGACAAUCGGUUCUCAAGCUAAUACUUAUGUUACAAUGAUGCUGAAUGACCGUAUAAUCGCAACCGUACAUCGUGGUGACAUUAAUGGUCAUGAACAGUUAAGCUCGGGAACAACAGUUCCACUGAAUGUUGGCGAUCAAGUCUGGUUGUAUAACGAUGGAGUUCGACGUGUGUAUGGUAGUGCCGGCCACCCUCUCACAUUCACUGGGUUUCUGAUCUAUGAUUUGAACUAUAGCGCAGCUGCAACCAUAAUGAACCCGUAUUUAGCAUCUUGUGCACUAUUGGUAGGCCUACUCAACAUACUUACUUGCUUACCAACGACCGUUUCUACGACAGCGGCAACUGAAAAGGAAACGGUGCGCGAGGCAUGUAGUAUGUGCUGCGGGUCACCUGGACAACCUGGUAUCCCCGGAAUUCCUGGAACACAUGGAGGGGCAGGUCCGGCUGGAGCACCCGGUAGUAAGGGCGAUAGAGGGGAGUUCAUCAGAGGUGAAACAGGUGCUAGAGGUCAAAAGGGAGAGCCCGGAAAUGACGGUUUAAAAGGCAAUAAGGGUAGCGAAGGAUCUCCGGGUAAGCAAGGUCCACUAGGACGAAUAGGACCACAAGGGGAUAAAGGGAACAACGGAUCGAAGGGUGAAAAGGGUGAACCAGGAUUAGAAUCACCGCAAGCCCAUAAAUCUGCAUUUACUGCGGUACGCACAACCCACGUACCAACUACAGAAUCGAUCAUCUUAUUUACCUCAAUGGAGAUUAAUAUCGGAGAGGAUUUUGACAAAACUAACGGAAAGUUUACAUGUAGAUUUCCGGGCGUGUAUCAUUUCAUGUUUAGCUUCUUGACGUACGGUUCUCAAACUGAUACAUAUGUUACCAUGAGGCUGAAUGACCGUAAAAUCGCAACUGCACACCGUAGUGCUAUUUCUGGUUAUGAUCAGGUAAGCUCCGGAACUACAGUUCAACUUAAUGUCGGAGAUCAAGUCUGGUUGUAUAACGAAGGAUCCCGUCGUGUGUAUGGUGAUAUCCACCAUCCUCUCACAUUCACUGGGUUUCUGGUAUAUGAUAUGAACUGAUAAAGUAUUGCUUUAAAACCAGUAGGUAUGUUGAAAUGAUAACUUUGAUAAAAAUCUAAUAUUUCAAUUGUUUUGCACAUUAAAAUAUGGCUUUAAAAUAUAAAUGAUCUAAAGUUAAUUAUUUCCUACUAACAGUGAAAUAGUUAAAUACUGACUGUUUCUAAACUUUUGUAGCAGAAUUGGAAAUCUAAGUAGCAUUAUUUUAUUUUAAUUGGGGGAUUAUUUUCUGAUUUUACAACAAAGAGUAGGCUAUCUCUUUAAAUUUUGGAGCGCUAAUGUAGGCCUACUAUUACUGUAUGACUAUAACCAAAUGCAUGUGUUUUUUUUUCUUAUUUUGAAUCUGUUACUAAAUGCUAAACAGUGUUAUUUUGCAUGUUAGUCAUUUUUUCCAAAGUUCCCACAUACUGUAUGAUAAGUAAAACGAUGAAUAAACGCUAAUAAAAUAACAAGGUUUUAUUAGUAUUGGUUUCUACAA